GCCGCAACAAAAUAAAGGAGGAAAAAAGGCGAAUUGGGUGGAAAACUGGAUUUACGAGAGGCAGAAAAUUCUACUUUUGUGUUUCUAAAGCAGCUAGUAAAGUGAAAUUCAUGAAAAUCGUUAAAAACUGUGAAAACAAAUCUUUAGCAAGGAUUUAAAAAGGAAACUUCUUGUUCGGUGUUUUUGAGCAGUGCGUGUGGCUGUAUGCGAAGAAGGAGGAAAGACUGAGGAGAGCAGAGUUUUUCGCAGGGAAAUUACGCCUACUUUGUGGGAGUUCAAGUCUUUGUGCGUUGGUGUUAGUGUGGUGUGUGUGUGCAACACCCCCCAAGCCCACGCACACAUAGUCAGCCAACCGCCGUUUGUUUUGUGCUCGUAUUCGCGUGCCGUCUUUGUUUGGUUUUCUCUUCCCCCCCCUUUCGUCGCGUGUUUAACUCCGCCGGCUUUGAUUACGACUACGCCCCCCACUCCCACCGGCACUCUCAUCCGGAUCUGUAUCCAUAUCCGCCGAAUCCGGAUCCAGCAACAACGCCGCCGUGGAUGCCCAUGCACGUUCUCUGGGCCUCGCCCAGGAAUUUGGAAUGGGCGGCGGCCCAGGGGCGGGUCCGCCCGCCCACAUGUACGGCGCCGUAGCCCCGCAGGACAUAAUUGUCCGGGACAUGGUGCAAAUGCCGCCACCGCCUCCCUCAAAUGCCCCCACAUCGGCGGACGCCUGCCUGAGCAUCGUUCACUCGCUAAUGUGCCACCGACAGGGCGGAGAGAGCGAGGGAUUCGCCAAGCGGGCCAUCGAGUCGUUGGUGAAGAAGCUCAAGGAGAAGCGCGACGAACUGGACUCCCUGAUCACGGCCAUCACCACAAAUGGAGCCCAUCCCAGCAAGUGCGUGACGAUCCAGCGCACCCUCGACGGUCGACUGCAGGUCGCCGGUCGCAAGGGCUUUCCGCACGUGAUAUAUGCCCGGAUUUGGCGCUGGCCGGACCUGCACAAGAACGAGCUCAAGCACGUCAAGUACUGCGCCUUCGCCUUCGAUCUCAAGUGCGACUCGGUAUGCGUGAAUCCCUACCACUACGAGCGCGUCGUCUCCCCGGGCAUCGACCUUUCCGGCUUGAGCCUGCAGUCGGGCCCUAGUCGCCUGGUAAAGGACGAAUACUCAGCGGGUCCGCUGGUGGGCGGCAUGGACAUAGAUGGCAACGAUAUCGGCACCAUACAACACCACCCCACGCAAAUGGUGGGUCCCGGCGGCUACGGAUAUCCACAGGGACCCGCUGAAUAUGUUAACGAUGCCAAUCCCAUGAGUGCAAUGUUUCCUAGCGGGCGCACAAUACCAAAAAUCGAGCCGCAGGAUGGUGUUGCUGGGUCGCGUAGCUCCUGGAUGGUGCCACCUCCCCCGCGGCUUGGUCAGACCCCUCAGCAACAACAACAGCAACAACAGCAGCAGCCGCAGCAGCAACCACCCCCGCAGCCCCCUCAGCAGCAGCAGCCCCAAUCGCAGGCAGCUGCUCAUCCGCUUUCUGUACCUCAUGGAAUGUCGAGCAUGUCUGGCCCCAUGAAUCCCGGUCCAGUUAUGGCUCCUCCACCUCCUCCGCAACAGGCUCAGAAUCCUCAGGGCAAUGGGGUGCACCAUGCCCAGGCCAAUUCGCCCACAGAUCCCGCCUCCGCUAUGGCCAUUCAGCAGCAACAACAGCAGCAGCAACAACAACAGCAACAGCAGACGGGCGGAGUACCCAAUGGGGCGGUCAAUGCCAGCGGUGGGGCCCCCACUGGAGGUCAGUACUAUGGCCAGCCGCAACCAGGAAGUCAGAUGCAAGGUGCCGGUGGAGGUGUACCAAAUCCUCCACCCGUCCAUGCCCAGCAAAAUGGCUAUGUGUCGCAGGCGGUCUCCGCAGGCACAGCCUCCGUUGGAGGAGGCGGUGUCUUUGGAGCGGCGCAGCCCACCCCGCAACAGCAACAGCAAAAUCAGACUGGAGUACAGGCCAAUGCUGGGUCUACUGGGAGUCAGGCCGGCGGAGGGGGUGGAACGGCGGGCACUUGGACUGGACCCAACACCCUGACCUACACACAGUCCAUGCAGCCCCCCGAUCCUCGUUCUCUACCAGGUGGAUUCUGGAACUCAACGCUGCCAGGUGACCUUGGCUCGCCGCAACAGACGCCCCCGCAGCAGCAACAACAGCAGCAACAGCCACGCCUCCUGUCGCGCCAGCCGCCUCCGGAAUACUGGUGCUCCAUCGCCUACUUUGAGCUGGACACACAGGUGGGCGAGACCUUUAAGGUGCCGUCGGCCAAACCGAAUGUCAUUAUCGAUGGCUAUGUGGAUCCCUCGGGAGGCAAUCGAUUCUGCCUGGGCGCACUCAGCAAUGUUCAUCGCACCGAGCAAUCGGAACGUGCCAGGCUGCACAUUGGCAAGGGCGUACAAUUGGAUCUGCGUGGCGAGGGCGACGUCUGGCUCCGCUGCCUCAGCGACAACUCUGUGUUCGUACAAAGCUAUUACCUGGAUCGCGAGGCGGGACGCACACCUGGCGAUGCAGUGCACAAGAUUUACCCGGCGGCGUGCAUCAAGGUGUUCGACCUGCGCCAGUGCCACCAGCAGAUGCACUCGCUGGCCACGAAUGCUCAGGCAGCAGCAGCAGCUCAGGCGGCAGCCGUGGCCGGAGUGGCCAAUCAGCAGAUGGGAGGAGGCGGGAGGAGCAUGACUGCAGCGGCUGGCAUUGGCGUAGAUGAUCUUCGCCGAUUGUGCAUUCUGCGACUCAGCUUCGUCAAGGGCUGGGGACCUGACUAUCCGCGCCAGUCGAUCAAGGAGACGCCCUGCUGGAUUGAGGUGCAUCUGCAUCGAGCCCUCCAGUUGCUGGACGAGGUGCUCCACGCCAUGCCCAUCGAUGGACCACGAGCCUCUGCCUAAUUCGUAUUUAUUAUCGUAUCGGCCCACAUUUACGUUAAGGACUCAGAGCGGCAGCUAUUGGCGGAUUUCGGCUUUUUGGUUUUUCAUUUGCAAUUCGGAUUACGAUUAUGUUUGCCUUUGAUUAUUCAAUAAUGAUUUUUAUAAAAAAUUGAAACAAGUUAGCAGUCUUAAGUAUGCAGCUGUAAAGCACUAAGCAUCUAGUUUUAUGUACUAUAUUUAGAUAUACCCACACGCCACACCGGAAAUAAUUGACAAGCGGCAAGUGUUAGUUGCCCGUUUCCUGCCACGCAAAUCACGACAAGAAGCAUACACACAGCAUUACAAUCAUCCAAGCCACAAGGCGAAACAAACAUCGAUGCACCCAUAAAUACAUACAUAUGAUGUAAAAUGCAACAUAAGUAAGGCAAGCGAAACAAGUAGUUGUAUCAUAAGUGUAAUAAACAGAGCUAAAUCUAAA